AUGACGGCAACCACAUCGUCCGGGCACAUGAACGGCGCCAGCAAUGGCCUGGCCGCUCCGUCGACCCGAGAGCCCCUGGCCCCGGGUGUAUACGUGCCCACGGUGGCCUUCUUUACGCCGGAAGACACCAUCGAUGUCGAGACGACGACGGCCCACGCCAAGCGCCUGGCUGGUACCGGCAUCGCUGGCUUGGUGACGCACGGCUCCAACGGCGAGGCAGUUCACCUGGAUCGGGAAGAGCGCAAGCUGGUCACCCGCACAACUCGUACUGCUCUCGAUGAAGCGGGCCGACAGGACCUGCCCGUCAUUGUGGGCUGCGGUGCGCAAUCGACGCGGGAAACGAUCCAGCUUUGCCGUGACGCGGCCGAGGCGGGGGGAAGCCAUGCCCUGAUCCUCCCACCGUCAUACUACGGCGGCCUCUUGUCGACGGAGCUGAUCCUGGAGCACUUUCGGGCCGUCGCCGACGCCAGCCCCGUACCUCUGCUGAUCUACAACUUCCCUGCCCCUUGCGGCGGUCUCGAUCUCAGCUCCGACAGCAUUCUCGCGCUGGCUGAGCAUCCCAACAUUGUGGGAGUCAAGCUGACGUGCGGCAACACCGGCAAGCUGGCCCGGGUCGUGGCCGGCACCCAGGGCACCUCGUUCAGAACAUUCGGCGGCAGCGCCGACUUCACCGUGCAGACGCUCUCUGUGGGCGGCCACGGCGUCAUCGCGGGCCUGGCCAACGUGUCGCCAAAGGCUUGCACUGAGGUGCGGCAGCUGUGGGUCGCGGGAAACACGUCCGAGGCGGUCCGUCUUCAGGGCAUCGUCGCCCGCGGUGACUGGGCCGCCAUCAAGGGAGGUUUCAUCUCUGUCAAGGCUGCGCUGCAGCGCUACUAUGGCUACGGUGGCCAGCCCCGCAAGCCGUGCACACUGCUCGAGGGCAAGGCUCUUGAGGCGCAGAUGAGCGAGUUUGCGGAGCUGGUUGAGUUGGAGAAGACCGUGGCCGGCGCGGCGGCGUAG